AUGAGGUUAUCCAGCUGGCUGCUCUGGGGAGCGGCCGCCUUGGCCGUUGCCUCUCCUGAGGAUGACAAGAAGACGAAAGACGCGACCUACUUCAACGGCAAGAAGGUGCCGCCACUACUCGAGAUCACCCAAGACACAUGGGAGAAGGAACGCAAAGCAUCUCGGUUCUUGCUGGUCAAGCACUUUAGCCCAUGGUGCCCACACUGCCAGGACUUUGCUCCGACAUUUCAGACGUUGUACGAGUUUUACUACACCUCCACACCGGCGGGUGACGCACCAAAAAAUGUCGACUUUACGAGCUUCUACGAUUUCCGCUUCGCCGAGAUCAACUGCGUCGCCUUCAACGACCUCUGCUCGCAACACAAAGUUUCGUCCUAUCCCACCACUAUCCUGUAUGAAAAUGGUGAGCCGAUUUCGACCCUGAAGGGUGACAAGGCCAUCGAUAUUCUGAGCGUCAUGGUUGAGGAUGCACUGGAAAAGGCGAAGCCAGGUACUCGUCCGGCCAAGCUGCGGCUACCAAAGCCUGGGGACAAGUCAGCGCCCCAGCCAGUAGAGGACACUACUGUGACCAAGCACGACGAGGCCAAGGCUGCCGCUGUACCCAAUACGAACGAGCACGAGCCUGACCUCAAGAAGAACGAGCUGCCCACCACGGGGGCACCCAAGGUCGAAGAGCCCAAGGCUGAGCCAAAGCAGGAGGGAGUCAAGAAGGUCGACGAGCCGCAAAAGGCGAUCGACCUGGCACCAAGUACCCCGGAAGCCAAGCCUGAUCCUACAUCCAAACCCUAUUCCUCCCCAUCACCAACCUAUGUUUGGGAGCCCCCAGUCCCUCCGAUCAAGAAGCCCAGCGGUCCCGUUAACCAGCAAGGUGCUUCGGUUCCGCUGACCGCUGAGGACUUCCAGCGGUUAGUAACACUGACCCAGGACCCGUGGUUCAUCAAGUUCUACGCCCCGUGGUGCCACCAUUGCAAGGCACUGGCUCCGACCUGGGAGCAGCUCGCCAAGGAGAUGAAGGGCCGCCUGAACAUUGGCGAGGUGAAUUGCGACAAGGAGCCCCGUCUGUGCAAGGACGUGCGCAUCAAGGGCUAUCCGACCAUGCUCUUCUUCCGGGGUGGCGAGCGCGUUGAGUACCAGGGUCUUCGCGGCUUGGGCGAUCUCCUGCAGUAUGCUAAGCGUUGCAUUGAAGUGUCCAACGGCGUCCAGGACGUCGACUACGACACAUUCAAGGCUCUUGAGGAGAAGGAGCCCGUCAUCUUCCUGUACUUCUACGACCAUGCCACAACCACUGAGGACUUUAUUGCGCUUGAGCGGCUGCCCAUGACCAUCAUGAGCCACGCGCGGCUCGUCAAGACCAGGGACCCGAGGCUUUACGAGCGCUUCAAGAUCUCGACCUGGCCGCGCCUGCUCGUAUCACGCGAGGGCCGCCCGACCUAUUACCCACCUCUAUCGCCGCGCGAGAUGCGCGAUACGCGGUUACUACUCGACUGGAUGCGCUCUGUCUGGCUGCCGCUGGUGCCGGAGCUGACGGCAGCCAAUGCCCGCGAGAUCAUGGACGGCAAGUACGUCGUCAUGGGCAUCCUCAACCGCGAGGAUGAGUCAUCUUUCAACACGGCCAUCCGCGAGCUCAAGACGGCCGCCAACGAAUGGAUGGACCGCCAGAUCCAGCUGUUCCGGAUGGAGCGUCAGGAGCUGCGUGACGCCAAGCAGCUGCGCAUCGAGGAGGCCGAGGAUCGUGGUGACGAGCGCCGCUUGCGUGAUGCCAAGAAUAUCCGUAUCAACAUGAACCUGUCCCGCCGCAAGGAGGUUGUCUUCUGCUGGGUCGACGGUGUCUUUUGGCAGCGCUGGCUGCGCACUACCUACGGUGUUGACAUCAAGGAGAACGGUGAGCGAGUCAUUAUCAAUGACGCUGAUAACCGCCGCUACUGGGACACCACGUCGACAGGGAACCCGAUCGUGCCCUCGCGCACAUCCAUCCUCGAGACGCUCACCAAGAUCACGGCCAACCCGCCCAAGAUCAAGCCCAAGCUGACCAUCGGCUUCAUCGAGAAAAUCUUCUUCGACAUCCGCGUCUCCUUCCGCGACCACCCCUACCUCAGCUCCGGCUGCGUGCUCGGCAUCGCCUUCGGCGUGCUCUCGUGGUUCCGCGGUCGCAUCCGGCUGCCUUCCCUGCGCCGCAGCGGGUACCUCCGUCUUGAGGAGGGCGCGGCCGCAGCGCUGGGGCUGGGCGGUGGGAGCGGGGAGAAGAAGGAUUAA